GUUUGUCAUGUGUAAACUGACCUGUACGAGAGUUUAAUUUCAAUUUAAACAUGACCAUCAUCUCGAUCAUCAUUGUGGCCAUCCUCUCUCCUGCUGGAAUCAGUGCUGUAACUACUGUAACUGGACACAGAGGACAGUCAGUUCAGAUUAAAUGCUCCUAUGAUUCUGGAUAUGAGACCAACAUAAAGUAUCUCUGCAGAGGAGAAUGUUCUACUCUGCCUUGGGGAACUAAAGACAUUCCUGUUCGGUCUGGAUCUGCUGAAGAUCAGAGAUUCUCUCUGAAUGAUGACACAGCAGCCAGAGUCUUCACCAUCAACAUCACUGAUCUGAGACCAGAGGAUGGAGGAACAUACUGGUGUGGGAUACAGAGGACUCUACGUACUGAUCUUUACACAGAGAUGCUAUUACUGGUUAAACUGGAUUCCUCAAAUUCUUCCAUUGUCUCCCCCACAUAUUCUCCUCCAUCAUCAGUGGAGACACAAACCACACAUCUUCCUCAUCUCUCAACUACAGAAACAUCUGAUGACAGUAAUGUCUCCCAGUCUACUCCAACACUCUCUGUUAAUACCUCAGUGAAUUCUGAGUCUGCACAACUGCCUCCUUCUCCAGGUUCCAUCAUUCUGUAUGUGUGUGUUUCAAUGCUGGUCUCUGGAAUCACUCUCAGUGUUCUAGUGCUGUUCUGCACACGAUGGAAGAAUUUAAAUACAUUAUCAGGCUCUCUUAGCUCGAUAAUACCACAGAGGGAUUCCAGAAGACAUGAGGAUAGAACCAACAAUGAAAACCAUCCAUCUGAAAAUUACCAGUCCAUGAUAAUCAAUCCAGUCUACCAAAGAGAGGACCCCGAAACCAGCCAGUUAGACUCAGUCUAUCACAGUGGGAACCCUGAUACCAGCCAGUCAGACACAGUCUAUCAGAGUGUUCACACCAGUAUCCAACAAUCUGAUGUACUCUAUAUGAGUGUAACACCCAGAACCAACCAAUCAGAUCCAGUCUACCAGAGAAUAAACCCUAAUACAAAAAAGUCAAAAUUAGGACAGCUGAAUUUACAUCCCAACAACAACCAAACAGAUUCAGUCUACCAGAUCAUAAAUCCCAAAUUGAACCAAUCAGAUUCAAUCCAUCAAAGCCAAGACCCCAACACCAGCCAGUCUGAUUCAGUCUACCAGAUCAUGAAUCCCAAAACAAACCAAUCAGAUUCAAUCCAUCAAAGCCAAGACCCCAACACCACCCAGUCUGAUUCAGUCUACCAGAUCAUGAAUCCCAAAAUGAACCAAUCAAGUUCAGUCCAUCACAGCCAAGACCCCAACACCAGCCAGUCUGAUUCAGUCUACCAGAUCAUGAAUCCCAAAAAGAACCAAUCAGAUUCAAUCCAUCAAAGCCAAGACCCCAACACCAGCCAGUCUGAUUCAGUCUACCAGAUCAUGAAUCCCAAAUUGAACCAAUCAGAUUCAGUCCAUCAAAGCCAAGACCCCAGCACCAGCCAGUCUGACUCAGUCUACCAGAUCAUGAAUCCCAAAAUGAACCAAUCAAGUUCAGUCCAUCAAAGCCAAGACCCCAGCACCAGCCAGUCUGACUCAGUCUACCAGAUCAUGAAUCCCAAAAAGAACCAAUCAGAUUCAAUCCAUCAAAGCCAAAACCCCAACACCACCCAGUCUGAUUCAGUCUACCAGAUCAUGAAUCCCAAAAAAAACCUAUUAAAUUCAGUCCCUCAAAGCCAAGACCCCAGUACUACUCAAUCUAAUUCAGUCUACCAGAUCAUGAAUCCCAAAACCAACCAGUCAGAUUCAGUCUACCUGAGUCUAAAUCUCAACACUAAUGAACUGUAA